CUGCCGACGUUAUUGCAUUUUCUUCAUUUAUUAUUUUUUAUGCACCUAUUUAGUAUUUGUAAGGUGUUUGAUGUGCUGUCGGUUAGCUUUUGUAUUGCAAGCACUGCACAAGUUGGUGAACUUUAAUGAAUGUUAUAAAUGAAAGCGGCACGCAAACGAAUUGUGAUAUUUAUAUUAUUAAUAGUCACAGUGGGUCUUUUGAUACGAAUUGUGUUGAUUAAUAAUCUCUUGACGGAUGAAGUGCAGCUCCGCAAGUCAGACGUUUCACUCCCUGUUUUAGUAACGGUUUACUAUGAAGCACUAUGUCCAGAUUCCAAAUUUUUUAUUACGAAGCAAUUGCUGACAACGUACAAAGUGGCGGCACCGAUUAUGGAGGUGCAGCUGGUGCCCUACGGCAAGGCACAAACAACGACAGAUGCAGAUGGCAAAUAUAUAUUCAAUUGCCAGCAUGGAGAGACUGAAUGUGCAGGAAAUAUCUACCAUGCCUGUGUGGCGGAAAUUGUUGAAGAUCCGCUCAUACGUUUGGAAAUUGUUAACUGCAUGAUACGAGACAACCGCAAUCCCAAAGAGGCUAUGCACAAGUGCGCCAAGCAGAAUAGCAUUGAAAAUAUUGAUCUGAUACAAAAGUGCUAUGAUAGCGACCAUGGCGCUGAGCUAUUAAAACUGAAUGGCGAUGCUACCCAUGCGUUGCGACCAGCAGUUACAUUUAUUCCGACUGUCACGUUGGAUGGUUCCCAAGGCAAGCAGGCUUCCAUUUUAAAAGAUCUGCUGGCAGAGGUAUGCAAGUUGGCUGGAAACACGGAACAGACGCAGCGAAUUUGCAACAAGUCUUAGCUUAACAAACACUGAUAGCCGCUAUUCGAACAUUCCGUCAAUUUGCAUUGAUUGAUGUGUAUAUAUGAUAAUUUACAAACCCCAGCGUCUUCACAAAUAGCUUCUUUGUCAUUGUCAUUUUGUUUGCUGUAAAAUGUUUUAUUAUUGU